AUGGCCAAAGGAGGCAACGUUGUGACUCAUAAAAAUGACUCAAAUCUCAGUUUACAUGCCAAAAAUACCAAAUUGAAAUCAUCGAAAAUUAAUCACAAUUCAUUACGACUAUCAAGUUUUUUAUCAAAAAUAUCCGGCAAAAACAAAAAAUCAUCAAGCAGCCACUAUUUAUCUGCGGAAGCACCGUUUACCGUAACUCCAGAGAUGUCCGCAGAGGAAGAUGGGCCAUUCGGUGUGGAAGUAUCAUAUGUGGAAACCGAAAGUGAAUACAGUAGCGAUUCUGAGAGUACAAUUCCGGUUGCAGAUGCUACUGGUGCCAAAGCAGUACCUGUGGUAAUCAGCUGUCUAGAUAACGCUGCAUUACACGAUUCAGCUACCACCGCCACGUCUUCAUCUGAUUACAGCAGUAGUUCUAGAACAACAAGUUCGACAAGUGCGAAGGAUUAUAAAAUCUUUGAAAACGUUUCGUGUCAUGACUCAACAGUUCAGCAAACAUUGGAACAAACAGCCAAUACAGAAGUGGCUACAUCCGAUUUUUGUACAGAUGUGCUUGAGAAAACUGAUCGGAGAACGCAAUGCGUUCUCCGAAUUUGGGAAAAAUUGAAGCAUAUUGUUGUUGGGGCGAUAAAAUUUUUCUUGGCCUUAUUUUUUAUCCUUUCAAGUUGUCUGAUUGGCAAAGUGCUGUAUGAUGACCUGCAUCGAAUUGAAGUGGAACCAUCAGCUUUAUGCAGUUGUGUUCAAGCCAUUGAUUCUUGGCUUUCCUUAGGUUUAAGUCAAGCAGUAAACUGUCAGAAUGGAACGAAGAGUUUUCUAGCUCGACUAUAUGAUGAAGCUGAACUAGUAACAUGUUUUGUGAUUGGGCUCUAUCAUUCUGUCUUGUCAUCAUUGAUAUCAAGCACACGACUAAUUGAAAUAGAAAUUAUGAGCUUAUAUGAAAAGUAUUUUCCAGAAAUAGUUGAAAGUGGAAAAGAAAUUCUAAAUAAUUGCCAUGAAAUGGUUUGGACUAAUAAAUAUUUAAAAAGUUAUGUUGAUCUGAUUUGGACAUAUCAGAACAACUGGAUAGGGAUGUGUUUGCAGUGUUGUACGGAAGUGUAUUUUGUUUUCAAAGAUUAUGCCUUACAAAUGUAUGCAAAUAUCUUGCAAUUUUUUGGCUUGGAAGUUGAAAUAAAUGUUUCUCAUGAACCUAUACUUACCUAA